CUGUCGUCGCUCCGACCGAAGACCCAAGAAAAAUUCUAACCGGCAAUGGCGUCGAACACUAGAGAAGCAAGGAGGCGGAAGAUUUUGGAAAGAGGAUCCGAUCGUUUGGCCUUUAUCACUGGUCAGAUCAACGACGUCCCUCUUCCUCCAUCUCCUUCUUCCGAUCCCACUUCUCUUUCUCAAUCUCAUCUACUCACAGACGACACGGUUCCGCCUCCUCGUGACCAUAUACGUACUACUGAUCGAGAAACAGCUUUCACAAGUCAUCAAGAAAACAUAUCCGAUGCUUCGAUGGUUGAUAAUGUGGAUCAUACCAGUAGAGCAGAACCGCUUCAGCCUCGGAAGUAUACUGAGACAUCGGUAGAGGCCUCCUCUUCAGACCCUAGGGACACCACACUACAACCGUCUCCGGCAACAUCAACCACUCAAACCCCAUCAGUGGUAGAUUUGGGUGCUUCUCAAGCAUUUACUCCUCUGGUCAGUUUUGCAAACACCAUCACUCCGAAUCACAUCGGAGCCGCCAUCGAUGCCUCAGAAUACGCACGGAUGUUCUCAUCUCUCGUGAUCGCCCUCCUGGUCAUACUCUCUCAUCUCGGGUUCUCUUCCCUAGGCAGCAUAGUAAGCUUCAGACCCGUUUUCUUGCUUCUCUUGACCGACGCCACAAUCGUGCUCGGACGUGUUCUGCUGAGCCAUCGUGGAGCUCCUUCCUCAGCAUCAAGACGAGAAAACUCGGGACAAGGCAUAGCGGACCAAGUGGGCAACGCGCUGGAGACAGUCAUGAUGAUUAAGAAGAUAAUGAACGCCAUCUCUAUGGAUUUUAGCUUAUACGCUGUGAUUCUCAUAUGUGGCCUUUUGUUCACACAAAACAUCUUUGCUUAAGUUAUUGUUUAGUGAUCAGUAUACACUUAUAACACAUUGCUAGUAUGCCACGUUCUGAAACAUCUCAUAUUCAUAUUUAUCUCAGUAUUGGUUUUGAUACUAAA